AUAAGUACUGCAAUUUUGUCAUUAUACCAUCAUGUCGAAUUAUAGCCAUGCAGCAUAAACGAAAUAAGCGGAUGCGUUUAGAACACUAUAUUUAGUAAUUUCAAGCUGUGUGAAUGUGUGUGUUAAUAUAAUAUAUGGUACAUAUUCAUGGUGUAAUACUUGGAAAUUGUGGGUUCUGUUGCCGUUUGAAAUAAAUACGAAUACAAAUCGUUAAGAAAUUAUCGAAGAUAAGAAAUUAGAUUUGCGAAUACAAUUACUAUUUACAUGUAUUUCGUAGUCACACUAACCAUCAUUUAAACUUUACUCGAAGUUAUUGAAACAUAACUCUCUAUGGUGAUCUAACAUUGACUUACUUAAAGACUUUCGAUAAACAAGCAUCCAAUGUUUAUUAGAACCCAAGAAAUAGUACGAAAUUUUUUACGAAUAUAUAUACAACAAGAAGAGAGAAAACCAAACACUUUAACGUACAUUUGCGUAUAUUGUUUCGCAAUUAAAACAACAUUGUGUUCUAUAGAUGCAAUUUAAAGAACUAUAUUGUACUAAUACCAAUUUAAACUAUCUGAUUAUGUUUUGAGAAGUUAUUUUCAAAUCAGUUGGGAUUCUGUGGCGACAUGUUAGUGGCAUGAGAAAAACUCUUUAUGCUUAAAAUGGCACAGAAAACGGACAGCUUAACCUUCAAGAGGAAAACGGACAAUUCUGAGAUCAAGCAACAAAACAGGAUCUCUACCAGAGUGAUUGUCGGGCAUAUCGAUGCCGACGGCCCGCGACCCGACAGGUCGCUCAAGGUCACGGUCGUCGGUGACAGCGGCACCGGAAAGACCUGCCUGCUGAAGGCGUUCGCGAAUAAUAAGUUUCCUGAAGAGGAAAUUAGCUGCCAGAGCCUGUUUGAAAACUCGAAAGGAACCAUUCGAGUGGGGAGUGGCGGGACAUUCGAGGUGCCAGUUUCCAUGGUUACCAGUGAUGAGUGUCUCGAGUUCGGCCUGACAGACACCAUAGGAACGGAAAAUUACCGCUCUCUGCGCGAAGUAUUUGCCGCAAAAACGGACAUUUUCCUCGUCUGCUUCAGUGUAACUGAUCCCCAAACGCUUGAAAAUGUCAAAACAAAUUGGCUGGCGGAGAUACGCUUGCUAACUCCCGGCGCACCAUUCAUACUUGUGGGAACCAAAACAGAUCUCCGCGAGGACGAUGUUUUCGUCAGCAGUUUGAAAGCGCGGAAUGAGGAGCCUGUGACCAUGUUAAAAGGAAUCAAACUCGCCAGGCGUCUUGGCGCACUGGAGUACGCGGAGUGUUCGGCUGUUGACAUGAUCGGAAUAAAAGAGUUGUUCCUAACCGUUGCCCUGGUUACAAAACCACAGACUUCGAAGAAAGGUGACAAACGGAAAGGCGACAUGAACUCAUGCACUGUUUCUUGAUCUUAACUAUAAUAAUUCGUGAAUACGUGUCCACUUAUGUACCGCCAAUGUUUGCCACAGAUAUAAUGUUUACCAUCGAUAUUCUUCAUCUCAAGUCCAUUACUUCAGUAUAUAUGGACUUUCAUGUAUGUUAUGUGUACAUGUAUGAUGUACUGUAGUAGUUUCAAGCGCUGUUAAGUCGAUUUUACCGUUAUUAGUCAACAUGUUUUAUCACCUUAAGUUGUCUUUUAUUCACAUGUUAAAUAACUGAUAUUUAUAAACCAUCUAUGCCCAUUCCGACUCGCAGCUAAUUCAUAAAUAUUUUCAAUUGCCAAGAUA